UAUGGCGUCUAUAUUGGAGAAUUUUUGAAAGUUGAGCUUCGAAGAUGUUUCCAUGGAAAAACGUAUGCACCAUUUUACCAAAAGGUAUUCCCUUAAGAGUUAUCAUCUUAAGACAGAGCUCUUCUGCUCCUCUGGUCUUUCGGAAGCAGGAUCUCAUCAAAUAUGGAGUCGGACGAGAAGACAUGUUCACGUGCUCUAGUGCAUUUCCAAGACCUCGACUUAGAUUCUUCUCCGCGAAAUCAUCGCAAGAUAAGAAAGAAAGUUCCGUUUUUCAAGAGUUAGUCGAAUCACAAGAGCAGCCGCAAACACAGCUGACAGUUGGUGCUAAAGUUGUACAGGCUGGAAAAGAUGUCAGCUACUUUGGUAUUAUUCUCAUUGGAUUUGCCAUCACAGGUAUUUUAAUUUGGUUCGUGGUGAGUGAGUUGUUUUUUGGCUUCAGUGCAAAUAAAGUGUAUGCUAAAGCUCUUAAAAAGGUCAAAGCAAGUGCAGAGGUAAUUGAAGCAAUUGGAGAACCAAUAAUGGGACAUGGAGAAACAAGUUCAAGAGGAAGAAGAAGACAUGUUAGCUACCAAGAAUAUUUAGUGGAUGGUGAGAACUACAUGAGAGUCAAGUUUUAUGUGUCGGGACCCAAACGGAAAGGAACUGUUCAUGUUGAUGUGAAAGAGGGAUCACGAGGGGGCUUCGACUAUCGCUUCAUCUUCGUUGAACUCUCUGGAUCACCUGCUGAGACUAUCAUAGUGUUGGAUAAUCGAUGAGGUGUUCCCUGCAAAAAAAAACCAACAUAUCCAAGUGUGUGCUGACAACCAACAAAUUGAGCAACUUAUGGUAAAUCAUCUUUAGCCGGCUGAGUGAUACGUGGGCCGUGACGUAUGUAAUGUUGGUCAACGUCAUGGAACUAAACAGGCUUACAAUCUUAUUAGACGUGCUGGUUUCUUUCAUUUAUUUUUGUAUGACGUCCACGAAUAGCAAAAAUGGAUAAACAUGAAAAAAUGAUAAGCGUUUUCUCCUUUUAAAUUAGUUAUAAACGCCGAAAUAAAAAACAAAGCAAACAAAUAAAUAAACGAAUGAAAGUGUGAGCAAAGUGGGACAGGUAGCAAGCCUAGAACGGCCAUGAGAUCAACCAUCUCCACCAGUUUAUCACGGGUCUCCUUUCGUUUCUGGUGAAUUGCACUUGUCCUUUCCGUGUUAGUAUUUCUCUCAACACCAAGCUGAAGUCCGGCUCUCAGACUAAUUAUAUUUGUAUCCGGUCGCUUCGUGCUCACGGUUGUUUCCUGCCCAUUGGUCUCGUACCCAAACUCAGUCGAUUCGAACCCAAAUUUAAGUCGGUUCGUACACAAACCGCUGAUCGAUUCGUACAUUUAUUUUUUAUACUCGUGUAUGUCUAAUAUUUUUUCUCCAGUUGUCAACAUGAAAAACAUACUUUAUUAGUUUGGGUAUGAAACGACCGAGCUGGGUACGAAACGACUUAACUGACUGGAGCACUUUUUUCUGUUCUUGUCGUUGUUAUUUUUUCUUCACCGAUGAUCACUUUUUUAGAUCAAUAGUAUAACCAACGCACCGGCGAUAAAUUUAAAAGGAGUUUAUUUCCACGCCAUUACCGGUGGUUUCUAAAUAAAGUAUUACGAACAUA